CUGCGUUCUACUAAUCUCCUUUAGUUGUUGUCUCUCUCUCUCUCUUUCUCUCCCCCCCGAGUAUUCACCCACCUCUAGCUCUUGUUUAUUUAUGAAUGGGAAUGAACUCCUCUUUUCUCCAUCCUUUCAUUUAAAGAAGAUCCAUUGAUUCUCUGUCAUCGUAUAGUGUCGUUCUCUGUUCCCUCUUCAAAGCCAUCCUUUUGUCCUCAUCCAGUUACUCUGGCUUGGUUUGUUUGUUGUCUGGGGUAACGCUGUUGCUGGGGAUGAUGUCAGAACACAUUCAGCUCUCAGUAGCCCUGUGUAGGAUUGGCUUUUUCACGUGUCUCCAGAAGUUGUGUUGUAUGACCCCCCCUCCUGCUAGACCGGAGUAUGAUGUUGUGUGCAUUGGACUGAGUGGAGCUGGCAAGACCAGUCUGUUAUCUCGCUUGUGCAAUGAGAUCAGUGAUGGCACAGUACCAACCUCAGGUUUCAGCAUCAAGGCAGUGCCAUUUGAAAAUGCGAUACUGAAUGUGAAGGAACUAGGAGGAGCUGAAAGCAUCAAGAAAUACUGGAGCCGAUAUUAUCAAGGUUCCCAAGGUGUGGUGUUUGUCCUCAACAGUGCUGCAUCAGAUGAAGAGAUGGAGGCGUCCCGAUCUGAGCUCCAUUUGGCCAUGCAGCAUCCUCAGCUGUGUACCCUUCCAUUCCUCAUUCUUGCCAACCACCAGGAUUCACCAGCUGCCCGAUCUGUAUCGGAGAUACAGAAGUACUUUGAAUUACAGCCACUGGCCCGAGGCAAGCAAUGGAUUCUUGCAGGCAGUACAACAAACAACAUGGAGGCUGUGAAGGAGAGUUUAAGUCAACUCAUCAGCCUUUUGGAAGAGAAGGAGGUGCUACCUAGCAGGAUAUGAUUCAAUCAAACUUCAAAGUGAAGAGUGGGUUUGAAGUGUUGUUUGCUAAAAGGAAUUUUUUUUGGACUUCUUCGUCAUUGUAUAAUAACCCACUGGAGACAUAGAGGCAAAUAGCCACAUGUUUUGACGAGCUGACCGACAUAAUGGUUACCCUCAGCUUAGGGCCAGACAUAUGCUGAUUUAGUAGCAGGUGAGCCAAAGUCCUUUAAAGAGAUCAAAUAAUUUCCCAUUAUUUGUAAACGUAAUAAGCUAUUUGAUUAGCUUGAGUUUCCACUGCACUCAUUAUUCCUUCUUUAAUUUAGAAAAUGUUAGAAUGUAGUCCUAUAGAAUAAACGUGGAUGAUGAUGUUAAUUUUUUUGAAAAGUCUUGGCACUGCUGGCCAAGCUGUUUUCAAACUCUAUCAAUCAGUGUCUGCAACAGCUGCAUUUGACGGUCUGCCACCUCACUCCUCGCCCAGCCACGCUCUGCGGCCUCACCCGCUGCUUUCUGCUGGUAUUAUCCAAAUUCCUCUCUGAGUUUAGGACUCACACAUUCAAUGUCUCUGUAUAUUUAUAGUGAUAUAACUAGGUUGCAUUUGUUUUGCCCACAUAUUGCCGCUUGAUGUCUUUUUUUUUUUU